AUGGCAUUAACACCACAGGCAAGAUCACAUCCGUCGCCCGACAGCUUUCCCACGGCGCAGCUUUUCCUCCUAGCAAUAUGCCGGGUUGCAGAGCCUAUCGCCUUGACUUCUAUAUUCCCCUACUCGUGGGUGAUGGUCAAGGAUUUCCAUAUGGAUAAUGGCAACAAUGCCUCUUUCUAUGCCGGUAUUCUGAUUUCGGCAUUCUCGCUCGCAGAGGCUCUGACCGGUAUGUUCUGGGGUGCUCUUUCGGACCGCGUGGGCCGGAAGCCUGUCCUUAUAUCUGGCUGCGUCGGCACUAUGGCCUCUUUGAUCCUGGUGGGGAUGGCUCCGAACUUCUGGGUCGCGCUCGCCGGUCGAGCUCUUGGGGGAGCCUUGAAUGGGAACAUUGGAGUAAUUCAGACAAUGGUUGGUGAGCUUGUCAAGCGACCUGAACAUGAACCUCGAGCAUAUGCGAUCAUGCCUUUUGUUUGGUCAAUUGGAACGAUUAUCGGUCCAGCCAUUGGAGGCUUGCUAGCAAAGCCCACUGAGGGGUUUCCUACCCUGUUCCCAGUAGAUGGCCUCUUUGGACAAUUCCCUUACCUUUUGCCCAACCUCGUUUGCUGUGUCUUGCUUCUCUUUAGCAUUAUCGGUAGCUGGAUGUUCCUGCAAGAGACUCAUCCAGACAUGCAGCCUGGCGAGGCCCAUAGGCAUCUCGACCAAGCAGCUGAGCAGCCGCUCCUGGUUACAUCUGGUGCAACUGCCAAUGCUGGCGUGGACCUGCGGGCGGAGUCUUACGGGACUUUUAAUCGGGUUCACCUGCAUAAUGAUGAGAGUUGGAAUGUGCAAGCCGAUGGCUCCUCGCCCACGUGGAAGAAGUUACCAAAGCCCAAAGCUUUCACCUGGCGAGUUACCAUGCUUGUAGUUGCGUUGGCUAUCUUUACUUAUCACUCGAUGACAUAUGACCAUCUCUUGCCCAUUUUCUUACAGGAUAAGGACCCCCGAGGAUCGUCACAUUCACACCGCUCGCCCUUUGACAUCCCAGGCGGAGUCGGUCUUUCAACUCGAACUGUGGGUGUGAUCAUGUCCACCGAUGGCAUCAUCGCCCUCGUGAUCCAAAGCAUCAUUUUCCCCGUGCUGGCACAUUACUUGGGAAUCUGGCGGCUCUUUGUCGUCGUUACGGUGCUCCAUCCAAUCGCAUACUUCAUGGUUCCCUUCCUGGUCUUCUUGCCACGCCAACUUAUCUAUGUCGGUAUUUAUGCUUGUUUGACCGUUCGCAAUAUCCUGUCCAUUAUCGACUAUCCUAUCCUCUUGAUUCUCAUCAAGCAAGCUAGUCCCUCAGACUCCGCCAUGGGCAAAAUAAAUGGCCUCGCUGCUUCCGCUGGGGCUGCAUCUCGAACUCUCGCUCCUCCGAUCGCUGGCUUGCUUUACAGCUCUGGGGCUGAGAUUGGCUGCACUGCUCUUGCCUGGUGGGGGAGUAGUCUCGUUGCAUUAGUCGGCGCUUUACAGCUGUGGUUUAUCCAGCGCGAUAAACGUUCAUCAGCAACCGUGGAGCCAGCGGCUGUUUGUCAUUAUGUUGCUCUUCCAGAGCAGCCACACGAUGGCAUCGUUCAUAUCAUUGUCAAUGGAGAUGAUGCGCGCACCGAAGCGGUAAUGGUGUCGGACUAG